GUUGCAAUCACUUGAAUCACGCAAUAAAAUUUAUCGCCAUCGCCAUUAUUCUUUUGUAACCGCUUUGUAUAUAAGAGAUUCAUGGUUAAGUGACAUUGGUACUUUUUUUUUUCUCUAUACAUCAUCUCUAUUAAAAAAUCACAUUUAAAAAACAUGUCUCCUACUGCUGCUGUUGCUCAACCUAUUAUUGAUCAAGUCAGUUUCAAUACUGAUACAACAAGCAAUGUAUAUCCUGAUCGUAUUAUAGGUCCCACCACAUGGGACGGAAAGGACUUGAAAGCCCACCCUGAAAAAUGGAUUUAUCAUCUUACACCCGAGGAUAUCACGGAUAUCGAUCAAGCCAUCAAGCAUUUCGUCUCGCUUGAUAUUCCAUUCAGUCAAAUUUCACCUUCCACAUUCCCCUUGACCACCUUCCAAAAUGUCAUUAUUAAGGAACGCAAUAAUCUCUUCCAAGGUUUAGGUGUUGGCUUAAUUCGUGGAUUCCCUAUCGAAAAAUAUGAACGUAAAGAACAAGUCGCCAUGUUCAUGGGUAUCGGUAGCUAUUUUGGAACUUUCAAGCCACAAAACCGUAAGGGUCAUAUCUUGGGUCAUAUCAAGGAUUUAACAGAAGGAUCAACUACCAAGGUUGUUUAUAGCGCUGAUGAUCCCACCACACGUAUCUAUGCCACUCGUAAAGCACAGCCUUUUCAUACAGAUAGUACUGAUAUUGUUUCUUUGCUUUGCUUGAAUGAAGGACAAGAGGGUGGUCUCAGCUCUGUUAUUUCUUCACACACACUUUACAACCGUCUUCGUGAACUUCGACCUGAUAUUGUCGAGCUGAUGAAGGGACGUUGGUUAUGGGAUCAUAAAGGCGAGCAUGAUCCUAGUGAUGCUCCUUAUACCACAAUCCAACCAAUGCAAUACUAUGAAAACCAUUUAUUCACCUUCUGGGGUCCCCAUUUCUUUGAGACCGUGAGUCGAUUCCCUGGUGUUGUUGUAGAAGAGAAAUAUUUAGAAGCCAUCCGCUAUAUCCAGGACUUGUGUGAACGUGAGGCCUUGUAUAUGAAACUUCAAACCGGUGAUAUUCAAUUAGUAAACAACCAUGCUUUACUACAUGCUCGUGGUGCCUAUAAGGAUAUUCCAGGACAGACACGUCAUUUAUUGCGUUUGUGGUUUUUGGUAGAUGAAGAAGUGUCUGGCUGGAAGUGGCCUCCUAACAAGAAAGAGUAUACCCAUGAAUAUGUCAAGGAACAAGUGGUUCCUCUUGAAGCCGAAUAAUUUAUCAUUACACACAAACACACACCUUUUUUCUUAUGUAAACCCCCCCCCCAUUGUAUUAUAGUUUGUCCACUCUCCGAUCCUACAUUUUUUUAUGUGGUACAAUUCUCAAAAAAAAUAAAAUUGAACCCAACUAAUUUGGAACACAAUGCGA